AUGAAUCUGGAGCAGGUCCUCGUCUCGAGCACUGUGAGUGGGCUCUUGGUAGGGUCAAUAUGCACGCCCUUUGACGUCGUGAAGAAUUUUUGGCAGUUCAACCCGGCGUGCGCAGCGAAUCGGGCGAGCUUGUCCGCAUCCCACGUCGUCCGUCUGCUGUACUCUCAGCAGGGUGUGUCUGGCUUCUGGCGUGGCGUGGUUCCGGCGUACGCGACCAUCAUUCCAGCCAAUGUGACUUUCUUCCUCGCCUAUGAGCGCCGGCGUCCGGACGAAAGCCCAGCAUGGGCGGGCGUCAAGGCACGCGCGGCAGCGGUCCUCGUGACGGCGCCGAUGGAGCUCGCGCGGACGAAGAUGCAAGCUUCGAUAGGGAUUCCUGGGCAGAACCAGUCUUUUCGCCAGGUUCUCUCGCAGAUGAUCCAGAUCGGAGGGGUGUUCAGUCUUUGGAAAGGCGUCAUCCCGACCCUUGUUCGAGAUCUGCCCUUCUCAGCCAUCUACUGGCAGACCACAGAGUACAUGAAAGCUUGGGUGGAGAGGCUGGCCGCGAGGAGCGCUCCGGCGCCUGGCGGCUAUCUAGAGUCGAGUGCAAGAAGAAUGCGGCAGAGAGGUGACGCUCCGUUCUCUUCUAUACCGGACACGUCCGCCGCUGGCUCACCCCUCUCUGCUCACGUCCCCUCUACGUCCGCCUGCUGCUCUCCGCGCUCGUCUGCUGCAUCAUCCUCCUGUGGUGCGCCCACUCGAACCUUCGUCUCCUCCUCGCUCUUCCAGUCCUUCGUCUUCCCCUUCUUCUCAGGAGCUGCCGCGUCGGCUGUUGCGUGCGUAGUCACGCAUCCCUUCGACGUACUCAAGACAAACGUCCAAGCCAGUUGCCACCAGAUGGAGCCCAACCUCCGGCAGAUGGGAUACCUCCACCUCGUUUCGCGAGGCUUCGUAGACGUAGCCAGGACCGUCUACGCGCAACAAGGCCUCCGGGGAUUUACCGUCGGUCUCACGCCCCGUCUGUUGAAAAUCGUGCCUUCGUGCGCUGUUCUACUGGCGUCGUACGAGGUGACAAAAUACCUUUGCAGCCAGUCUCUGAUCGAUUCCAUGUGA